CUAUAUAUAUAAAUAUGUAUUAGUGUUGCUUUUGACAAUCUCAGCGUGUGUUUUAUUGCAUGGUUCACGACCUUUCUUGAAGAUUGAUUCAUGGACGGGAAUUCGGGUUCGGAUCCAACGCGGCCACUUCUGGCCAAGCAUGAUCCGAUCUCUGCUGAAAGCGGUAGCCGGAGAGGUCGACUCAGUCGCCGGAACUCGGUUAACUCGCUCAGAGCCUCCUUCCUGUCCAAGCUUCCCAGUAAGGUCCGUUCUGGCCUUGACUCUGAGUCUUCCGACAUUGAUCUCGCUUCCUCCACCGCCUUAAGCAAAGGGGAGAAAGAAUACUAUGAAAGGCAGUUCGCUACUCUAAAAUCGUUUGAGGAAGUGGACUCAGUGGUGUCAUCUGAUUACAUUGUUGAGGAAGACCACGAGGAACAGGCGCAACAAGAGAGGGCAAUGAAGAUUUCCAAUUAUGCAAAUAUAGCUUUGUUGAUAUUAAAGAUUUAUGCUACAGUUAGGAGUGGAUCAAUAGCUAUUGCGGCAUCGACUUUGGAUUCUCUGCUUGAUCUCAUGGCUGGGGGCAUACUUUGGUUCACUCACCUCGCAAUGAAGAACAUAAAUAUCUACAAAUACCCAAUUGGAAAGCUGAGGGUGCAGCCAGUGGGCAUAAUUAUCUUUGCUGCCAUCAUGGCAACACUUGGUUUUCAAGUAUUAAUCACGGCCGUAGAACAACUAAUACAAAACACUCCAGCUGAAAAGAUGACUACUGAACAACUAAUAUGGUUGUACUCUAUUAUGAUAUUUGCGACCGUGGUGAAGCUUAUGCUCUGGCUUUACUGUAGAAGCUCAGGAAACAAGAUUGUUCGUGCCUAUGCAGAUGAUCACCACUUUGAUGUUGUAACAAACGUGGUUGGAUUAGUUGCUGCUGUUCUUGGUGAUAAAUUUUACUGGUGGAUUGAUCCGGUUGGAGCUAUUUUGCUUGCAAUUUAUACUAUCACAAAUUGGUCUCGCACUGUCAUGGAAAAUGCAGUUUCACUAGUGGGACAAUCAGCACCUCCUGAAGUUUUGCAGAAGCUGACAUAUCUUGUUAUAAGGCACCCACAAAUUAAGCGCAUUGACACUGUCCGCGCAUACACAUUUGGCGUUCUAUAUUUUGUGGAGGUUGACAUUGAACUGCCAGAAGAUUUACCCUUAAAAGUAGCACACGCCAUAGGAGAGACCCUACAGAUAAAGCUUGAGAAACUUCCAGAAGUUGAGCGAGCAUUCGUUCAUUUAGACUUUGAAUGCGAUCACAAACCAGAGCACUCAGUUGUCAGCAAACUGCCCAACAAUCAAACUUAAGCACAAUUUUUAAGGUCCAGGUAUAAGAUAUGCAAACUUCUGUAAUUGAGCCUUUACGUUAUUCAUGAAGAGUAAAUGUGUAAAAGAGCAGGAUCCAGUUGUAGCAUAUAUGAAAGUUUAUUGUAGGCAAACUUCUAAUCUAUUUUAAACCAAGCACGCUGUCUGAGUAGUUCUAUCAGCAAAUUAC